AUGACCUUCCUCACCCUCACUUUUACAACUACCCUCACUCUUACAACCAUCACCCUCAGUCGACCUGAUGCCACUUCGAAAUCCUCUCCGACAGCAUCCUCAAAAUGCUGCGUCAAACUUUCCGCCUUGGACGACGUAGCAUUGUUCAACAAGCUACAUGUUGCAUAUCCCAAGCCCGCACUUUCCAGGCAACGGCGCGACAUCAGCUCUGCCCCUCAAUCCAGCAGAUCUCUCGAUGAUAAGCUCAACUACUUUAAUAAAGAGUUAACGGCGACGAAAUCCGAAGUGACAAACCUCAUUGGAAGCCUACAGAAGCAGGAGGGGAAAGCAGACUCAAAAUUCAUACGCCUUGAAUCGGAGAUGACGAGCCUUAAAUCGGAGAUGACGAGCCUCAAAUCAGAGAUGGGACACCUCAACGAGAACCUGACUAUGCAGAUGAAGAGUUUCACUGAAACUAUGUCUGCGCAGAUAAGCGUCCUUAAUGCGAACAUGGAGUCGAGAUUGGACAAAUUCGAGAAUCGAUUCUUGUUUGGAAUGGUCUUCGCUAUAUUCAGUGUGUCGGUCGUUGCAAUCGGUGGUACCGUCGCUGCCACUUUCAAACGAUCCCCAAAUCGUACCGACUAG